AGAUAGCUCCGCCCCCUCUCUCUGUCUGCUCUCUGCCGCCGCUGCUGCUGGAGGUCGUUGGAGUCACUGGAAGCUGCUGGUCCCCCCGCCUGUCUCUGUCAUGUUCUCCCGAAUUGCCAGACCUGCCGCCCGUGGCCUCACCCGGGGUCUCUCCACCGGCACUCAGAACAAUGCCAGGGUGGCAGUGCUUGGAGCUUCUGGGGGGAUCGGACAGCCUCUCUCCCUCUUACUGAAGAACAGUCCUUUAAUCAGAAAGCUUACUCUUUAUGAUAUUGCCCACACACCGGGUGUAGCUGCAGAUUUGAGCCACAUUGAAACCAGAGCCCACGUGACAGGAUACAUUGGAGCAGAGCAACUACCAGAAUGCUUGAAAGAUGCUGAUGUAGUAGUCAUCCCAGCUGGUGUUCCUAGAAAACCUGGAAUGACCCGUGAUGAUCUGUUUAACACAAAUGCGUCCAUCGUUGCUACCCUGACUGAUGCUUGUGCAAAAACUUGUCCAGAAGCCAUGAUCUGCAUCAUUGCAAAUCCAGUGAACUCUACUAUCCCGAUCACAUCUGAAGUUUUUAAGAAACAUGGUGUUUACAAUCCCAACCGCAUAUUUGGUGUAACUACACUUGACAUUGUAAGAGCCAACACUUUUGUAGCAGAACUGAAGCAUCUUGAUCCAGCUCGUGUGAAUAUACCUGUGGUUGGUGGACAUGCUGGAAAAACAAUCAUACCACUGAUUUCUCAGAGUACCCCCAAGGUAGAGUUUCCCCAAGACCAGUUGGAAGCCCUCACCGGCCGCAUCCAGGAAGCAGGAACAGAAGUUGUCAAAGCCAAAGCAGGAUCAGGGUCUGCAACACUGUCCAUGGCCUAUGCAGGAGCACGCUUUGUCUUCUCUCUGCUGGAUGCUAUGAAUGGGAAGGAGGGUGUUAUUGAAUGUGCAUUUGUCAGGUCUGAAGAAACGGAGAGCCCAUACUUCUCUACUCCUCUGCUGCUUGGGAAAAAUGGCAUUGAGAAGAACCUGGGAUUGGGGAAGCUGUCUCCCUUUGAAGAGAAAUUAGUAGCUGAGGCUAUGGGUGAGCUGAAGGCCUCUAUUAAAAAGGGAGAGGACUUUGCAAAGAACUUUAAGUAAAUAUUGUAUGGGCAGUUGGCUUCCUUAAUUUAUUAAAGCAAGAUGACACCUUAGAGAUGGACCCUACAUAAUAUGCUGUUAAGAGGUCUUUAGUAUAAUGAAGCCGGCAGCCUCAUGGGCUCACCCUGUCAAUGCAGUAUGGACUUCCUCACAGCAUAUAUUAUGGGAACUUGAGACUGCCCUUGUAUUAAAUGCUUUUAACAGUGGAAAGAUCAAAUACUGUUGAAAUUUAAUUAAAAGAUUAAAAAUCAUAUUUUUCUUUGUAA